GAGCUACUUGCACACAGAUGGAGUUAGCUCGUUCUGUGUCUCCCACAAACUAUACUGAUCCCUUGGACUCCAGGAAAAACUCCCUAUCAGAUCCUUGGUGCUGAGGGACGGGAGUGCAGGGGUCUGGGUGUGGGUGGUUGGGCCAGUUAUCAGUCAGAGAAGGCGAUCCCAUGGAGGCUUGUGGUAUCUCUCUGCAUCCUCCGACCCUUUCUGCUGUAUUGCGUCAGCAGUCAUCAGCAGAGAGUGCCACAGAUACAUCCACAACUCUUCACCCUCAAUCAUCUAGUGAUAGUGACAAACGGGCUUCUAGCCUCGACCCUCAGUCAUCGUACGACAGUGUCAGUGAUUAUCCAACAUCGGACACUGAUGAUCUAUCUUGUAAUGUUUAUAAUUUCUAUCCCAGAGGAUGGGCAGUGUCUGGCCAGCAAGUUGUGUCGGGACAGCCACUGUCAGUCCGGGGAGUCCUCAACCAGCUGGAAGGCAAACAGUACAGGAAACCGUGUUCCAUAGUGUCUAAUCCUAUGGAAGAUUUAUGGCAGGAGUCCGACGAGAAAACGAAAGUUGUGGAUGCAGGCAAUGUCUAUCAACACGGAACCUUGAGAUGCAUGAAUGGACCUGCUGGAUUUUCCAGAAGGAGUGAGACACUGUUGAAAGUUCGGAGGGGUUCGUCAGAAUGUAGUUAUCCAUAUCGGUGUGUCCCUGGGAAGGUAAUUUGCCAGAACAUACAGUAUUCAGUGCCUGGCAAAGCUGAACAGGAGAUUGUGAAAGAGGCAGCUGAGUAUUAUCAGAGAGCAGUUUCUUCUGCUCAAGAACGCAGAGAAUGGGCCAAGAAAAGUUUUAGUUCAACUAGUGAGGAUGAUGGGCCACCAAGUAAAUUCUCAUUCUCUGACACUAAAGAAAAAGCAGUUGUUACACAAGAACCCAGGAGACACCCUGUGAGAAUUAGUAGUGAAGCUGAUCUAAGUAGAGCUACAAAUAUAAUAAAAGAAAAUCUUGCAAACAUUGUUGAAAAUUAUCUAGUAAAACAUGGCAGUUCUGAAUAUCACCACCUUAUUCCAAAGGCUAAAGGUAAUGGUGAUAGAAGUGUUGAGGCAGAUACCCAUAAUGGUAGUCAGGGUGUAAAUGUGAAUGUCAGAGACAAGGUCAUUCAUACAACAACAUCCAGGGUCCUAAAUGACCAAUAUGAGGUUACCAAGACACAAGAUGUGCAACAGAUCAGUAUAUCCAUAAGCUUUGAAGAUGAUGAAAAGUUAGUCACUGAAAUUAUUGGAGGGUGUGAUGAAGGUCGUGUGUCAGUUAUUGAUACAAAGAAGGCUCCAGUACAGGGCUUCAGUGAGGAAGAAGUAAGUAAUUAUUUUGCAAAACAAGAAGAAAGCCCUGAUAAAUCAAUGGAAGAAGAUCAGUCUCCAGUUCUCUCUCCAGUAAGUGGGAAAAGUGCAAGUAAAUCCUCAGGAAGAAGUGAAAAGAAAUUAGUGAAGAGUGAGGAACUUCUGCCACCUACUAUGAAGCGUGAAAGUUGUAUUGAUAUUCCAAAUAAUGAUGACGAAUUCAGAAGUGUCACAAGGUUUGAGGACCAGAGCAUUCAAGAAAGAGCUUGGCUGGAAAAGGAGGAAUUGCCAGGCUCUCUUAUUGUAAAGAGUGAGGCAGUCAUCAACAUUUCUGAAACAUUUAUUGGAAAUGGAAACCUUGAUGAACCUAGCAGAACUAAUGAGAAGAUGCUGGAAAUGCUCCAACUCCACAAAAAUGGUGUAAUGGAAGAUUCCCACACAAAGGAAGAAGAUACCUCAGAGAAGCUAAUUGACUUAGAAACAGAAAGUGGAAUAAGAGAAAAGGAGCCAGCUGAAGUGAACAAAAUUGCUGAUGAGUCACCAAUUUUGAAAGAGAGUUCACAGAUCACUGAAUCACUUGAAACAGAGGAAAAAGUUAGCAGUCCUACUACUGAAGAAAAAGUAUAUCCAACAGAUACUGACUCCAUAUCAGUUGAGAACAUGGAUUCAUACAGAGUCAAAGAUAUUAAUAAGCCACUGGCAGGUAAUGAUAACAAGUAUUCUGAUAUACCCAUUAUUUUAGACAGUGCCCAGGAGAACAUAGCUGUUAGUGAAAAGAAAAAUCAUAAACUUUCACUUAUUAGUGAAGUUGAAGAAAAUGGGGAUGGCAACCAUUUAGAGGUCCAAGAGAAAGGCCAGGUUGAUGAAGUGAGUGAUGACGAUAGUUCACAGAAACCAAGAUGUCUCAAAGAUAUACACAAACUGAAUACAAAAUCCAGCACCACUAGUGAAAGUUCAUUUGAAUCUCUUCCAUACAGAAUGCUUUCAUCUCAGCCAGAUAGCCUGAAUGAUGAUUUAGGACUGGUUAUAGAACUGACUAGUGCACCAAUAGAUUCAGAAAAGGCUUUAGCUGCAAAACGUGAGUUGAUCAGGCAAGAGCGAAUGGCUGCAAUGUCCCUUAUGAGUGGAACACUGUUAGAAUCAAGGGAUGAAAUAAGAUCUGAAGCCAUCUUUGAGAAAGGGUCUGAGUUUGAUCCUGUUGAUGUAGAAAAGUGUACUGAUGUGGAUGCAGUCCAUGGGGAGGAGAAUAUUGAAGUGAAUGCCAUGGCAGCAGCAGCUUCAACACAGGAAGAAGAUAGAGAAAGUUACCCUAGCUCCUUGUUUGAUUCUGGUGUGGAUAUAGCAAUGCAUGAACAUGUGAGCAGCAUAAAUUCAUCCCUUUGCAAGUCACUGGUCAGUCCAGUAGAAUCUGCAGCAGAGUCAGGUUUCUCAAGUUUGAAGGAACCUCUUGUACCAGAGGGAGCCAUGGUGGAAGAUAGCGGGCCAGGUGAGCACAGGGGAGUUUGCUUAAGUAAAUCAAAAGAUAGUCUUGAUCUCACUGACACGGAUAAGUUCCCUGGUACGGAUACCCUCUCAGAUGACAUGGAAACACUCUCUUCAAAUGCUGGUGAUAUUACCCUUGUGGAGAGUGGCCCUGUCUCUAAGGAAGGAUCUGCAAGAGGAAGCGUCUCCGAUGGCAUUUAUCAAGACAACGGAUACUUGAGAUAUGGCUCGGAAUCAUCUCAUCUAGAUCUAGAUUCAGUUGGAAUUCCUAAUACAUAUCUUAAAGGUUCACAUUAUGAGACUGCAGCAGGUGUUGAGGAUAUAUCAGGAAGGGAUGAAUUAUCUCCAAAGGCUGGAGGAGAAAAGUUGACUCAGCAAAAUCUGAUGAGACAUGCAGAGAAGACCUCUAUAUCAACAGAUAUUGUAGAUUAUUGCAAUAGGUUGCAGAAACUUUCAAUGGAUUAUGAUAAAGCUAGUACAUCAGAGAAAUUUGAUCAAAAGUCUGCUAAAUAUUUGCCAGAGGAAAGUGAAGCAUCAAAGAGAAAGACCAGUGAGUCCAUUUCAUCAGAAGAUACAGUUAUAUCGAAAGUGUCUGCUGAGGAACAAAAUAAUAAGAUUCAGUCACAAGGAUCACAGGAAGACCAAAUGGAGCUCCCAGAGAGCCUUCAGGAAUGUUCAGAAUAUGAGGAUAUCAGCAAGACAGGAGACUUUGACAAAGGGAAGGAAAAUGGGGAGCCAUGCAAGUCUCCCAUAAGUCACAUUGGAAUGAACAAUAGAAUUAGUGUCAGCAGCGGUGAAGGAGUAGAACACAAAGAUAAAGAUUCUGCUAUUGCACCUGCAGUAUCAUCAGGAGCUGACCAACCUUGUGAUACUGCAAUUGAGGGUAAAUCAGGGGAGAAUGAGGGACUGUCAGAUGUGAUGAACAGGGUAGACUCAACAGAGCUGAAAGGUGAUGAAUCAUUGUGCAGAGAAGAUAUUAAUGGAAGUUCACUUACUGGUUCAGUUGAAAGAAAACAGUCUUCAGUAGGACACAAAUCUAGAGGAUCCACACUGACAUCAUCCACCAGUCAGUCUGAAGAGAUCCCUAGAGAUGUCAGUGCAGCUGAAAAAGUUCCUAGCCAAGAAAUUGAUUCUCCAAAGGAAUCUACGACAAAACAGAGCCAUCAGUCAGAGAAGACCUCCAUAUCUGGUGCAGAGGAGAAGGAGAGCAGCAGUCAGCCAGUUCCUACGUCUGAAGCAGAAAAGAGCAGAAAGUCUAACAAGUCAAAGAGUGAUGUAAGUGACAAAUCGAGUCCAAAUGCUCGGGAAACAUGUAGCAAUUCAGACAGACCAAGCCGGCACUCAAGCAGAAGUGGAGUUUCUGACUUGGAGGAUGAAGUCUUCCUUCCACCCAGUGAAAACUACAUCUUUGACGGUAGACCUGUAAUUUAUUGUCCCAAAAUAGAUAUGGCUGAUCAAAUAGGAAUUGAACACCCACAGGUUGCUAUGAGUGUAUUUGCAGUCAUUCCAUCCAAGGAAAUUAAAAGUGGAAAAGAUGGCCGAUGGGAAGAGCAUAUGGGCAAAGGGAGUGUAUUUAAGAUGGCUGAUUAUUAUGCAGCACAAGAUAGCCAAAUUCAGAAGGAAGAGAAAGAUAAACCUCUUGUUGUAUCAGAAUUUAGGAAGAUAUCAGAGGGAUUCACUGUGGCAGAAGACAAUGUUCUGAUAGAAGAAGAACAGCCCAAAGCUCCAGUUGAAUCUGAUACCGGUGAUGAAAAUGUUGAGUGGAAGAACAAGAAUGCAGAGAGUAAAGCUCCACUGAGAUGCACAGGAGGUGCCCCAUUAACAGAUGAUUAUACUCACAUAGAAGAUGAGAUGGAGCCAAUAACAGCUGUUCAAGAAGAAUUGAAAGCCACUAAGACAGAUAAUGAAGGAUGGGUACCAUCAAAAGAGUCAAUAAAUGUAAAGAAAACUGAUAAUGGGACUUUGGGUGAAGCCAAGGUAGAAAAGGUAAGUGAUACUAAAAGUUCAUGCAAGCCCACAAGAGUGAUUCAUCCAGCAGUGAGAUCAAAGAGAGCAGAUGAUAGCGUUCAAAACAAACAGAAAAAUGUUGAAGAGAUACAUGGUCCACAGACUGUCCUGAAGUCUGGAGUAUCAGAUACGGAGAGCAGAAGUCAUAAAGAAUCUGCUAUUUAUGAUGAUCGGGUUAGGUCAUAUGAUAGUGAAUGGGUGAUUGCAGCAGAUGGACAUACCAUUAUUAAUCCUGUUUUUCAAGAAUCUCCUAUAUCCCCAUUCACAACUCAAACUAACAAUUUGAUAGAGGAGUCUCAGAAGCCUUCAGAUUAUAGAGUUUUUGAUUUAAGUAAACCACCCUUAGAUGACACUGUUGACCAUUCCAAACCAAAGCUUGCGCGAAUGGCCAACUUGGAGAGGUCUGACACAGCUAUAGCCAUACAGAGAGUAUCAGAGAUGGAGGUGCUUCCAGUCAAUAAAGUGGCAAUAAAGAUUUUAGAUAAUGAUGAAAGUGUACCACAGUCCCCAGUUUUGUCUCCACUUUCUCCAAGAACUACUGGUAAGACAAACUCGUCAUUUUCAGGUGCCAAGGAAGCUGUGGCUGCUGAGGAAACGAUUACACGAAGAAGAACAGGUUCAGAUGCAAAUGAUCACACCACUGGCGACAAGGCAAACGAGAAGCGCAUAAUUACCUCAAAGAGGGAAGGCAAAGUUUUCGAUUUUGACAAAGUUCCUGACCUGGAAGAAUGUAAAUCACAAGGAACAGGAUCUCUGAAGUCUAAAGAGAGUGAGGAGAGCGAAAUCAGCAAUGUAACCUCAAAUGAAGAAUAUUCUGCCAAAUCUGAACCAGAGAUGAAGACAGAGGGAAAUGAGAGACUCUCCACUCUGACUCUCGAUGAACAAAGAUCAGUUUCCAAAGGGGACAUAAGGGGUGGUUGGGCUGUAGGUGGGUCCCUGGAGUGCUUGGAGAGAACCAGCUCCAGCAAGGAAGGUAAAGGGCAUCAUCAAGGAUCUAUAUCAAGUGCCAAGUCAGAAGACCUGGGUAUGAAGUGUGAGAAAGUGAGUUUGAAGUCACAGGGCUCUUUGGACAAAUUUCCCCAUUUUGACCAGAUCAGUGCACAGCAGAAGGCAAGGGGGGCUCGGAAGAAAGUCCUUUCUGUUGACACUGAGGGUAAAGACAAGCUGGGGAAGGAGAAAAGCAAGGAAAUGCAUAGGAGUGCAACACUUCCGGUGGGGUCCUUGUCAAUUAAAAAGGAAGAUAAGAAAAAAGAAAAAGAUGAAAAGGUUAAAAAGAAGAAGAAAGAGAAGGAAGUGGGGGUUGUUGAAAAAAAAUCAGCAAUGUCAUCUCUAAAGGGGUUGCUAAAGAGGAGCAAACCAAAAGAAAAAGAGAAAGAGAAAGAGAAGGAUAAGGAUAAAGAUAAAGAUUCUUCAUCCCAAGAGAAGCUUUCCUCUCCCUCUCUGUUCAGAAAGUUUGAGAGGAAGAGUCGAAGCAACACACAUUCUCCGCUGCUGGAUGACAAGAAGCAUACCAGUCAAGGUAAAGUUGCAAGUAGCACGCAGCAGCGUGAUGUAGAUAAGGUAAAACAUAGUCCUGUAGCAGCUAAUGGCAAAACGCGUCCAGUAAUCAGUGGCCCUGUAGAUGUACGUCCACUAAGCAGCCCAGCAGAGAUUGGUUCAUCAUGUAGAAGCAGUUCUGUAGUGGGUGCUUCCGGCUCAGAAAGUGAAAGCCCUGCUAGUAGCCACCACUCCUCUCCAAAACGCAUUGUAAAUCACACUCGUAAGACUAGCAUGGGUAAUCAACCAUCCCCACGAUUGUAUAGACACGUCCUUACAAGAAACCUCUCCAGCAGUCAGGAAUCGGUAGACAAUCCCAUGCUCUCGUCAAGUCACUCUUCACCUCAGACGUCACCCCAUACCUCUCCAAAAAGAAGGCUUGUACCUGCUUCAGCAUCCUCAUAUAGUCUUCCUGCCAGUCGUGACAUGAGCCCUCCUGCCCCUGUUAUGGGGACAAGAGCCCUCAGAGGUUCUAACAACAGCUUUUCAGUAACAAUUGGCUUCAAACCCACAGUUGAAAAACAUAGCAGAACCAUGAGUGAAGGAGCUGACCUUAACAAAGUAGCAGUAUCUCCUGUAUGUAAGCGGAAAGAAGGGUCGGGUAUUUUGACACAACUUAAUAAACGUUCAUCUUCAAUGGAGAUUCUUGUGUUUGGGAAAAUCAGGGAACACUGUUCAGAAGGGGGUAAAUCUCCUGGUGGAAGCCCCUUCUCUCGAGAGGGGAGCUUCCGUUUGCACAGGGAAAUAUCUGUUGAAACAUUGUUUGAGCUUCCCGAGACUAGUCCCAGAUCAAGCAGGACACAAGAAGAAUACCAGGAGUACCUGAAUGAGGUGCAGGCCAGGAAUGACUCACAACAUGGGUCUUCAUGGAGUCUAUUUGAAGAGUCGGAAAUGGAGGCGCAGCAUAGAGCCACGCCAAAGAGGAGGAGUUCACACCAUACUUCCAUGGGUAAAAAAUUGAGUUUACCACAUAAUAUGCAUCUUUCAGGUUUACGAGAGACUGCAUCAUCAAAUCCUAAUCUGCAACGCUGUGGUUCACCGUUUGUCCGUGGUGUGUCACACAGUUCAAGCUUCACCUCCAGCCCCUUUAGACGUCCCCACUCUUCCACUGCUGUGUUUUCACCAGCAAAGAGAGUUAUCUCCUCAGUUUCAGGUUUGUCUCCACCUGGGGAAUCCAGUCCUGGUAUGCCCCUGAUGCGUGUGGAGGAGGAAGGGCCUUGCCGGAAGAACUUAGAUGUCGAUACAGGGAAGCCACCCAAUGUCCUUGUGUAUGCAGCCAAUAAAGCAGAUUAUUUUGAGGCUGUCAGGGAUACGCUUGUCAAUUGCCUUAAUCAGGAUAGAUACACUGUCUAUCAACUGACAGAUGAAAUGGCAUUCAAGUCCCCAUGGGCAGGAAGUACUACAUUGUUAGUAGUCUGCGGUGAUGUCCCUGCUCAUGUGUCAACAGUUUUCAUCAGGUAUCUACUACAAGGAGGCCGUGUUCUCUCCAUCUGCUCUGAUUUCCUCAAUGUUGCGGUGCCUCUCUUUGGUAAGUGGUUUAGGGGGAGGGUUCAAUCUUCUUAUUGUCUUACUCAGAGCCUGAAGCAGAGUAGCAUGGUCCUGAAUAAGUGUGUUACCUGUAUUCAUGCUUUAGUCGCUCGUAAGUGUGAUGGUCAGAGCUUCCUUCGUUUUCUAAAAGCUUGCAGUUGCAGAUCCACACUCUCCAACCUCAUCGUUUUUUGCUGCUCCUCAAUAGCUGAGGAAAAAGUAUAUGAGGUUGGAAGUGCA